AUGACAGCGGAGGACGAAUUGUCUCCCGCAUCGACUCCCUCGUCCGGGGGUCCUGAGCAACAGGAAGGUGACCCUGGCCCCGCAAGGCCGCCUCCCAGGAAGAGAAGGCGCCUCAUAAUUUCCUGCACAGAGUGCCACCGCAGGAAGCAAAAGUGCGACCGAAGCUUGCCCUGUGCGAAUUGCGUGUCACGGAACAAGCAAGACUCGUGCCGGUAUGAGUCGGGAGCACCUACUGCGAAGGCCGUGCACCAUACGCAGGGCGACGAGCGGCUUGCUCACAAUGGCAGCCACCUGAGCGACCCUCGAUUCAAGGCGGAGGUCGGGGCGGGGCCGGGCAUGUCAGACAAGCUGACCAACUUCGGAUACUCGUCUACGGGGUCGUCGUCGACGCUGGGGUUCCUGAGCAAGAUCGACGGGACGAACGCUGAUGAGUCCUCACUGUCAAGCAUGGCCAUGGGCCGUGAGAACAGCGUCGAGCACUUCGGGACGAGAGAGAGGUACAAGAGCCUUAUCCGCCAGUUGCCGGCGAGGUCAUAUACUGAGAAGCUGGUGGAUAUAUACUUCAAGGAUUUCAACUGGCAGUACAAUGCAGUCGAUCAGUGGGUGUUUAACAAGCAGAUGACUGAGUGGUUUAGCCUUCCCUUCACCGUGUUGAAUGCAGAAGGCCCGCAAGCGCUCCCGCCCGAUCUCAGGGCCUUCCCAGCUCUUGUCUUUCAGAUGAUCGCUACGGCCCUUCUGAAUCUUCCUCCUGGUCCAGAUCCGACUUUCGACUCUUUGAAGUACGCUGGGAGCAUGACCUUUGAGGACCUGGCUCUCGACUAUUCCGAAUCUGGGGUGGCGAUUAUAUCAGUGCUGGGCAAGAGACAGGUUUCUCACACGGCUGUCAUCGCUGGUUUUGUCAGAGCUGCCUUUUUGAAGUAUUCCGGACUCGUCACCGAGGCAUGGCAUGCAAUAGGAUCCGCGAUAAGAGAUGGACAAGAAUGCGGACUGCACCGUACGAGCCUCGAUCCUAAGCCAAAGAGCGAUAAGCUGGAGGAUGUUCUAGAGAACCAAUGGGAGAUACAGCGAAGGCGGAAGACCUGGAUCAUCCUCAUGAGCUGGGAUGUGCACACUGCUAUCGUCCUCGGCCGCCCAACGAGCAUCGACACAAGUUUCAGGUAUACGCUGCCUCUCGACGCGCCUACGCCGAAGGACCCAAGCAAAGUGCCCGUGACUUUGCGCUCAGAACAUGACCCUCCGUCGCCCCUGACAAGGACACUUUGGGUAUACCGGACCACCAUGGCCCUGAGAGACAUCAUCGAGCUAGAGAAGGAUGGACCCUGCCCAAAAGACUUUGACAAAGUAGACAAGGUCCACCAGAGUCUUGAGGAGCUAGAAGCUCAAACACCAGCGUUCUUCCGCACCGAGAACCCGGACACGAGGUAUGACGACCUGCCAGAGUGCUUCUGGGUGCCUUUGGUCCGAGGCACUGUGCCCCUCCUUUUGUCAUUCAACAAGAUGGCUCUCCACAGACCAUAUGUUUUCACGAGGCCGUACAGCCGGAAGGAAGCGCUCAAGGCAAGCUUGAGGAUGCUGGUGUCCCAGAGGGACCACUUUGCGAGCAUUGGGCCGAAGCACUACAAAGCUUUCACAUUGUUCUUCGGCACAUUCGAUGCCGUUGUGCUCAUGGCGAGCAUAUUCAUACUGUUCCCCAAGGAGAACGUCGAGUAUGUGUCCACGGCGCUCCAGCAUUUCCAGUGGGCCAUGGAGCGAUUCGAAACCAUGUCCGAGAGGAACAAGCUGGCCGCUGCAGCGCGGAACGUGCUCAAAGCUGUAUAUAUGCGGCUCAAGAGCGCUGUCAAGUGCACGCAGAAGCCGGAAGGAGACGGCCUCGAGCAGCUGCCUCAAGAGACGGCACCGUCAGCCCCAUCGGCCCCGAACGGCGAGGCAAUGUCACCGUUUUCUACAAUGGCAGGAGGCGGCGACAGCAGCAGGAAUAGUAUCCUCACGCCGGCUGCUUCUACGACUUCUGGUAGCUCAGGCGACCCGUUCGGGUCUAUGUCGGGCCCGUCAGUUGGUCCGCCCAUCGACCCUGGGCUCUCGGGCAUGGCAGCCAGUGACUGGACGCUGCCUGAGGGAUUCCACUGGAGCUCCAUACAGCCCGUGUACGCGAUGGCUGACGUUGCUUACAAUGACCUCAUGGGGAUCAGCAGCAAUGUCGGGGAAGCGACAUCAUCGUCGUUGCCAAAUUGGGCCGGUGGGACACCGCUGCUGAACGAUGUUCCUGGCGGGGGAGGGGAGUCGCAGCCUUGGCUUUUCGGGGGUGACUUUGGGAACGACAGUGUCUGGAGUCUAUUGAACCAAUACCCGUCUCCUUUCUGA